AUGCUGAUGCAGCUCUGUAGUUUCAAGAAUUUGUACCAGAAUCGUAUCCUGGGCCUGGCGGCCAUGGCCUCCCCAACCCGCAAUAGCCAGACCCGCCAGCGCUGCAAGGAUGCGGUUCGUCACAGCUACGGCCCCGAGACCUACGUUGUCAAUGGUCUGAACCAGGAGGCCUUCAUGUUGGGGCUGCCACGCUCCACAAGCGACACUGACCUUGUCUCUCCAGAUGCUCGCUCCACCCUCACCAUCAGCUCCUCUCACUACACAAUAGGACAGUCUGAAGACCUAGUGAUCACAUGGGACAUCAAGGAGGAAGUGGAUGCUGGAGACUGGAUUGGAAUGUAUCUUGUUGAUGAGGCUCUGUCUGAGAACUUUCUGGACUAUAAGAACCGAGGAAUCAACGGAUCUCACAAGGGACAGAUAGUUUGGAAAAUUGAUUCCAGCUCCAACUUUAGUGACUCUGAGACCCAGGUCUGCUUCAGGUACUACCAUGGUGUCACUGGAGCGCUGAGGGCAACCACACCCAGUGUAACCAUCAAGAAGGGCCCUGCACCUGUAUUAAAGCCAGUGGUUAGCCCUGAAGUCAACCAUGGUUUGGGCAACAGGAGACUCAUUAACUUUUCCCUGUCAGACCUCCAGGCAGUUGGACUGAAGAAAGGGAUGUUCUUCAACCCCGACCCAUACCUGAAGCUCUCCAUCCAGCCUGGGAAGCACAGCAUCUUCCCGUCCCUGCCGCACCAUGGCCAGGAGAAACGCUCCGGAGUGGUCUGCAACACAGUCAACCCUCAGUGGAGCACAGAGAGGUUUAACUUUGUGUCUCUGCCCACUGACGUCCUGGAGAUCGAGGUAAAGGACAAGUUUGCCAAGAGUCGUCCAAUCAUCAAGCGUUUCCUGGGGAAGCUGUCCGUUCCAGUCCAGAGGCUGCUGGAAAAACAUGCCAUUGGGGAUCGGGUGGUGAGUUAUUCCCUGGGUCGCAGGUUGCCAACAGAUCAUGUCUGUGGCCAGCUGCAGUUCCGCUUUGAGCUGACCUCCUCUAUUCACCCAGAUGACGAGGAGGUCUCCUUAGUAAUAGAGCCAGCCUGCCCAGCGGGUCAGGCUGAUGCCAACCACCCUGCUGAUGCUCCUGAUGAUGACACACUGAGCGUAGGCCCUGACAUGCCCGAUCUCCCCUUGGAUGCACCUUCUAAACCUGAGACCUCAGUGCCAGCAGCCUCCCCACCUGUGGAAGUCCAAGUCGCUGAGAAGACUGAGGUAGAGGAGGUGGCAGAGACAGAGCAAGGAGCUGUGGAGGAGGAGAGCACAGUAAGGGAGGAACCCCCAACUGCUGAACCCCAGAUGGAUCAGGAGGAGGGUGUCUCAGUUGAACAGCAGGAAGAGAGCAAUGGAGUCGGGGGAGAAGAGGGGGCAAGGGAGGAGAGGCAACAGGAGGGAACAGCGGAGUCUGCAGCACAAGCUGAGGAGGCGCUGACAGUGGAGGGAAAAGAGGGUGGAAAUGAAAUGCAGUCUGAGCCAGACUCUGACAGUCCUGGAGUAGUGGUUAUACACGACGGAGCCACUGCUGUGGAGGCUCCCGCAGAGGAAAACACUGUAUCCCAGGAGGCCCAUGUAGACCCAGCUGAAGGGGCCACGCCGGAGGCGACAGAGGGAGGAGAAAGAAGUUGUGACCCCUACUCCUGCCAGUCUCUCUUCUCAAUUUACAACUCAAAUGCUCCCUCACGCCGUAAAAACCGCCCCUGCUCUCUCCCAGUGUCUGAGCUGGAGACGGUGAUUGCAUCUGCCUGCGGCGAGCCGGAGACGCCACGAUCUCACUAUAUCCGAAUUCACCACCUUCUUCACAGCCUCCCAUCAGCCCAAAAUAGAGCUCCCAGCCAGGACGAGGAGCAGACCAGGGAGGGAGAUAACACAAGCACUACUCUAGACACCAACGCCACAUCACCAACUCUUAAAACCUCUAAAGACGAGGAAGGGCAGGAGGAUGAGGAAGAGGAGGAUACAACCCUGUCUCCCUCUCAGGUUCCAGAGUGUCCAGGCCCCUGCUGCCGGCGCUCUCUGCCUCGCAGCCUCUCCAUUGAACGCCUGUCAGAGCUGAACCAACUCCUGGAGGGUGAGGGAGGUGGAGGAGGUCAUGCAGCUAUCAGGAGGAUUUCUCCUUCCUGCCUGGGGAGUGAGGAGGGGGAUUCCAGUAACGGAGGAGGCAGGAGAGUUGGUGGCAGCACUCACCGUCCGCCAGGCGAAAAUGAGUGUGAGUUUUGCGACACCUCCUGCUAUAGCACCUCCUGCUAUAGCACUUCCUGUUACAGCACGUCCUGCUACAGCAACUCGGGCUACGAGGGGAGGAGCCGCUUCUGUAGCCACACCCGCCUCUCCUCAGUGGACAGCAACCGACUUUCCGGGAGCACCGUGUUUUCCUCCCAGGAUGAAGAUGAAGAUGAGGAGAGCGCCUUUGAGUCGGUACCUGAUGCCGGCCACAGCCCUGAGGGCCAGGAGGCGGGCGGGGCAGGAGGAGAGAGGAGGACGGGCAGAUGGAAGGAGGCCAGAAGAGGAGAGCAGGGGGAGCCUGCUGUGGCCGGGCCCAGUGACAGGAACAGCAUUGGCUCAGGCUUCUCCCAACCUGUUGGCCAUCUUCCAGUCCUGCGACCCAGCCAUGACCUAAACCAUUUUCCUGCUGCCACUGACCAAGCCUUACCUCCAA